GAGGGGCGGAGCCUUGGGUCUCCAAGGUCACGGCUUCUCCUAGCAACCUGACAGGCGUUGAGCUGAGCCGCCGGCGCGAUGGACGCGGAGAGCCUCCUGUUAUCGCUGGAGCUGGCGUCCGGUAGUGGGCAGGGCCUCAGCCCAGACCGUCGGGCCACGCUGCUCACUUCCCUUACGCUGGUUAAACGCGACUACCGCUUCGAUCGGGUCCUCUUCUGGGGCCGCAUCCUCGGCCUCGUUGCGGAUUACUAUAUCGCGCAGGGCCUGAGUGAGGACCAGCUCGCACCGCGCAAGACGCUGUACAGCUUGAACUGCAUGGAGUGGAGCCUCUUGCCCCCUGCCACAGAGGAGAUGGCGACGCAGACUUCUGUGGUGAAGGGCCGCUUCAUGGGGGACCCGUCGCAUGAGUACGAACACACUGAGGUGCAGAAGGUGAACGAGGGUGAAAAGGUCUUUGAAGAAGAAGUAGUGGUCCAGAUCAAGGAGGAGACCCGCUUGGUGUCUGUCAUUGACCAGAUCGACAAGGCUGUGGCUAUUGUCCCUCGAGGCGCUCUCUUUAAGACUCCUUUUGGAUCCAUAAACGUCAAUCGGACCUUUGAAGGCCUGUCCUUGUCCGAAGCCAAGAAGCUCAGUUCCUACUUCCACUUCAAGGAGCCUGUUGAGCUGAAGAACAAGACCCUGCUUGAGAAGGCUGACAUGGACCCCUCCCUGGACUUCAUGGACUCCUUGGAGCAUGACAUCCCCAAAGUGGAACCUUGACGCCCAGGCCUGGCUGCUUGGGGCCUCUGCACACCCCGCAGGGCUCCUGCUGCACAGCACCCAGGCCCUGCCUCCUCCCCAGGGUCCUGGAGCAUCCAGAUGGAGAGGGGCAACGCCUUGGUGGUGCUGCGCAGCCUGCUCUGGCCGGGCCUCACCUUCUACCACGCUCCCCGCACCAAGAACUAUGGCUACAUCUACGUGGGCACCGGCGAGAAGAA